AUGAAUUCCUUCCUAGAAACAACUUUUAUAUUAAUAAGAACAAACAAGAUCCACUCCCAUCAGCCUCUGUGGGGCUCAAGCGCACAGCAGGCCUGGUCCACCCCUUUCCAGGUGGAGCAGACACUGCCAGAGCCUAGCCUUUGGAGCAGAACCACCCCUUCUUACCAGCAAACUACUGAGGAAGGUCAAGACCAGCAACCCAUAUCCACCCACACCAGCCCGCAUGGGAUCCAGGUUCUCAGUAGGCCCGGUUCACCCCUCCCCCCACGAGGCAGACACCACCAGAGCCUAGCCUUUGGUGCAGGACCACCCCCUUCCAACCAGCAGACUAUCAGGGGAUGUCAAGCUCAGCAGCCCAGAUCCACCCACUCCAACUCACACAGGACCCAGACCCAGGAUGCAGUAGCAUUCAUUGAGGGAUACCAGCAGGGACUAGAAGCCCAACAUCAAGAUAAGAGACUAAAGGAGAAAAGGAAAACAUUUAUUAUCUCAGUGUCUGAGGAUACGCUUUACACUUUGCUGGAUGACCUACUAAGUGAAGAGGUAGUGAACGAAGAGGAGGCUGAAAAUGUGAAAAAGAAAAAUGCUACAACUAAAGACAAAGCCCGUGAUUUGAUAGAUUCAGUCAUUCCAAAAGGGUCCUGUGCCAGCCAAAAACUUAUUGACUAUAUCUGCAAUAGAGAUUCCAGCCUUGCUUAUAAAUUAGGAUUUUCUUCAGAAGCUAUUGAUGGCAGACCAGAGACAGUAUCUGAAGAAUCCAGAGGCUUACUCAAGCUUUGUCCUCAUCAAAAAUUCCUGGAACUAUGCACAAAGGAGGCUGGAAGGAUCUACCCAAUCAAAGAGAAGGCGACCCGCACUCGCCUGGCCCUCAUCAUCUGUAACACAGAGUUUGACUCUCUCCCAAGGCGCAAUGGGUCUGAAUAUGACAUCCAAGGGAUGCAGAGGCUGCUUGAAGACCUGGGCUACAUGGUUGUUGUAGAAAGAAAUCUCACAGCCAGGGCCAUGAAGAGAGUCCUAAGAGAUUUUGCUGCCCGCCUAGAGCACAAGUCCUCAGACAGCACAUUCUUGGUGUUCAUGUCCCAUGGCAUCUUUGAUGCGAUCUGUGGGAUCACACAUGGUGAUGAAACACAAGAUGUGUUGCCUUAUGAUUCCAUCUUCCAGAUUUUCAACAACCAGAACUGUUCCCAUUUGAAGGACAAACCCAAGGUCAUCAUCAUCCAGGCCUGUAGAGGGGGAAACACUGGAGAGGUGUGGGUCAGCGAUUUUCCAGCAGGCUCAGUGGACAGCUCUUCACAGUUUUCUGAGAAUCCGAUGCAUGAUGGUGUCCACAAGGCCCAUGUGGAGAAGGACUUUGUUGCUUUCUGCUCUUCAACACCACAUAAUCUUUCUUGGAGGAAAAAAAAUGGUUCCAUCUUCAUCACAGAACUCAUAAAUAAUAUUCAAGAACAUUCUUGGUAUUGUCACCUAACAGAAAUAUUUAUGAUGGUUCAGCGAUCAUUUGAAAUACCAGGUGUUAAAGCUCAGAUGCCCACAAUUGAAAGACAAACCUUGACUAAACUUUUUUACCUCUUCCCAGGCAAUUAA